AGUUAUCAUUCAGAAUUUUAUCGUCUACAAUGCUGCUUUGUUUAUUCUUACAGGUGUUUGGUACUUUGUCUGGCAGAUUGUGCUAUCUGCCAAAUAAGGUGUUGCAUUAGCCUACCAAAAUAUAAUCAAAUAAUGUUUUCUGUUUCUGCCAUAUGUUAUAAAUUAUAGGCUGAAUUCAUGGAUAAUAUGCGUUAUACUUUCAGUGAUUCUUGUUAAGCAUUGUGUGCCUUUAAAAGGAUGAUAAGAAACGAGAGAUGGGAAUAACUUGCAGCUUUUCCCAGCUGGAUUCAGACUAGGUAUUCUGGAGUUUAUGGUGGCAACUUUAACUCCCACAGCCGGAGUGUUUCCAGGAUUUUGUCAAUGGGCUGGCACGAGAAGACCAAGAACAAGGCAGAGUGGCACAUAGAAAAUCAGAACAUUUAUUAAAAAUUUAUUAAUAUUAAUGAACUGUGACUGUGAUAGAUUUUUCUAUCCAUAAAACUAAAUUCAACAUCAAUUUCUUUAUUGAACUUUCUCUCAACAUUAGUGAACUUCUUCACUUUUUACAUUUUCCUCAGUGGCGAUUUUUCAGGGAGCAGAUUUUUACGAUAAACAUGCUUACACAUGUCGUCAGUGUGUUUCCUGAGUUAGUCAGCGAUUAUCUUCUUGCUUCUAAAGAAACCACACCUUGAUGUAUCUUUCCAUGUCUCUGACAAAUAAAGAGCAUAUAAAAUGUAAAAUGCUUUGCAAUGAAUUUAGUCUUAUUACACAGACAUUUCAGACAUCAGUAAGUUUUUUUUGGUCCAGCAGCAGGGCGAUAACUACUGUCUAAAUGUAACACUCAUCAUUAAGCUACACAUCAAUGAAAUAAAAGCUGAUUGCGCACACACACACAUUCGCUGUAAAGGCUAAAUGUUAUUUAUAUUCAUCUGUGAGGCUCCAGUUCAUUUUUUAUAAAGUCUGCAUUGAAGAGGUACUGAGGUAUUUGCCCCCAUGAGCUAUACUGAAGCCAUGCUAGAUCAGAGAUAUAAAGAUAAUUUAUGGCCAAGCUUAAAGGGGCUAAACCUGAACCAGCUUACAGGAACACAGUAAUGUUCCUCACUAAAGCAGAAAGCAGAAAAAGUAACUGUCGUGUAACAGUGACAAGUUACUUUCUUACACAGGAAAGACUAAAGGGCUGCACUGUAUGAUAACUUGUUCCAGUUCCUCAAACCCUUGCUUUCGCUUUCCUGCAGUUUGAUGGGCCCCUUGCUGUUCUCCCUGCUUCAGGGCUUUCUUGCACUAUGUAGAAGACAAAGAGGCCAAAAAAUGGAGAACAGAAGAAAAGUGCUUGCUGCAAUAAUUUUCACAGUUGCCUGCAGCAAAGUGACUGCACAGGAAACAAGACUACUGGAUUUUCUAAAUAGCACAGAUGUUGUAGAUGACCAGUACAAAGGAUGUGGUGAAGAGGCCAUGAAGAAGUUCAUCGAGUCAGACGUGUUAAAACAAGAACUAAGCAGCAGUGAAGGAUUUCAGAAAGCGUGGAAUAAAAGUAACGAGUGUUCAAAACAGAUUCCAGGAGGAAGAAAAGAGCAUAGUGCUGCACUUUCAGUCUAUCUUAAAGGAGAUCGGCCUUUCAUACUAACACUGAACAAAGCAAUAGAGACAAUGGGUGGAAAUGUUAGCAUCUAUGAAAACCACUUCAACUUCAAGUCUCUUCAUUUCCUGCUGAUGGACUCCAUGAGGCUGCUGAAGCCAAAGGAGUGCAAGAACUUUUAUGUUUUUCAAGAUGGUCAAAACCAACCACAGAAAGGCUCCACAGUGAGAUUUACAAGUUUCACUUUAGCUUAUUCAGACUAUGAAGAGCUGAAGAGAUUUGAAGAUGUCAAUAAGAAUACUAUUUUAAAUCUCACUUCUUGCUUCUUUGUCAACCUGAAAGACUAUGUGUGCGGUCAAGAACAGGAUGAAAUACUCUUAUCUCCAGCAGAAGUUUUCACUGUGGAACAAGUGAAAACAAAAACUACAUCGGAUGAUGACCAAUACCUUGAGAUUGAUUUGAAACAGUCGGGACUGAACAGCUCACACAACUGUUACAUCUUUUCACGGUCUCCUCUAGCUGUUGUCUCCACCUUGUGGCUUGUAUUAGUGUUUGCAGCCUUAUCCUUAUCUGUUUAGUAAACACAGUUAUCAUUUUCUACAAUACUGCUUUGCUUAUUUGUGUAAUUGUUUUGCAUAUUUUUUCUGAUCGAAUGUGGUAUCUGUGAAAUAUAAUCAAACAUAGUUUUCUGGUUCUGUUGUGUUAUGAAGUCAUGUGAUUGUAUGUCAACAAUGGUGAUUGGAUGUCUAAAGAUAAAAGUGAAAGAGGGGAGAUGCAAAUGGGUAAAUGAGUAUAAAAAGCGAGCUUUUCUCCUGUUAAAUUGCUCUAAUAAAA